AUGUCUGAAGACUCAAGCAAGUCCUUCUUAACACAGCUGAAUAUCUUUAACAAGGAAAAUUAUAAAUUUUCAUCUACAACAAAGGAAGAGAGCACUGAACAAGAUGACGUUUCAGAACUAGAAGCUGGCCAACAAUUUUUAACACAACUAGAUAAAGGUGAAAAACAAUUAGGUCUCCUCUCAUGUAUUGGUCUGAUUUGUAACAGAAUGUUGGGUACAGGUGUUUUCUCCACUUCUUCUACCAUCUACACGCAGUGUGGUUCCAUUGGUCUCGCCUUAAUCAUGUGGGCUGUCGGUGGUAUCAUCGCUUUAGCUGGUCUUUAUGUCUACAUGGAGUUUGGAACUGCUUUACCAAAGAACGGUGGUGAAAAGAACUAUUUGGAGCUCAUUUUCAAAAAACCAAGAUUUUUUAUUACUUGUAUGUAUGCCGCAUAUGUGUUUUUCCUUGGUUGGGCUGCAGGUAACUCUGUUAACACUGCAGUUAUGUUCUUAACUGCUGCAGAUGCGGAUGUCACUGAAUGGAGAGAAAAGGGUAUCGGUUGCGCUGUCAUCGCUUUCGCCUUUUUAGUCAAUAGUAUUAAUGUCAAAAUUGGUCUAUAUUUACAAAAUGCCUUAGGUAUUUUCAAAGUUUUCAUCGUUAUUUUCAUCUCAGUCACAGGUUGGGUUGCUUUAGGUGGUGGCUUAAAAGAUGGAUAUCAAAGUCACAAUUUCCACAAUGCAUUCGAUGGUACAGAAAAUGCCUCUGCUUAUGGUAUCGUUACUGCCUUGUAUAACGUUAUUUGGUCAUAUGUCGGUUACUCAAACGUUAACUACGCUCUUGGUGAAGUCAAGAACCCAGUUAGAACUUUAAAGCUUGCUGGUCCAACUUCAUUGAUCUUCAUUACAAUUAUCUACAUCUUUGUCAACAUUGCCUAUUUUGCAGUCGUUCCAAAGGACAAGUUGGUCUCAUCUAAAUUAGUCUUAGCUGCUGAUUUCUUCGAUAUUGUCUUUGGUGGUAACGCUAGAAAAGCUGCCGCCGCUUUUGUUGGUUUGUCUGCUCUAGGUAAUGUCUUAUCCGUCAUCUUCUCCCAAGGUAGAAUCAUCCAACAAUUAGGUCGUGAAGGUGUCCUUCCAUUCUCUAAUUUCUUCGCAAGUUCCAAACCUUUCAAUUCUCCAGGUGUUGGUCUUUUCCAACAUUUCAUUAUUUGUGUUAUCACCAUUCUAGCCCCACCAGCAGGUGAUGCUUAUAACUUCAUUUUAAACUUGAUUUCCUAUCCAAUGAAUAUCAUUAACUUUGCCAUCAGUUGUGGUUUGCUCUGGAUCUACUGGCAAAAAAGACAAGGUGCCAUUGAAUGGAACCCACCAAUCAAAGCAGGUAUCAUUGUCACUUCGUUCUUUGCAUUGGCCAACUUAUUCUUAAUCGUCGCACCUUACGUUCCACCAUCUGCUGGUCAAAACGUCUACGACAGCUUACCUUACUGGAUCCAUUGUGUUGUCGCAUGGGGUAUUUUCGCUAUUGGUGGUGUCUACUACUUAGUCUGGGCACAAAUCUUACCAAGAUAUGGUGGUUAUAAAUUAGAUACUAAGGACAUUCUUGGUGAAGAUGGUUUCUGGAGAGUUCAAAUAAUUAAGAAGUACCAUGAUGAAGUCGACGAAGAUGGAAAUUUUGAGAACGACGAUUUAAGUAACUCGAGCGGUGUGGAGUUCAAUCAAUUUAGUAACGAUACCACCGUUUCCAAGAAAGAAUAG